AUGGCCCAUCCCCACGAAUACCUCGCCCAGCCGCCCUCGCAAUGCUGCUUUACCGGCAGCAUCCACGCCGGCACGCCGCAGGGUGUGGAAGAGGAGCUUGCGGGGGUCCAGACCUACGUGGCGCGGCCGCCCACGGGCGUCGCCGGCAACGGUCAUGUCGUCUUUUACUUCCCGGACGUCUGGGGCCUCUCGAACAAUGCCAAGCUGCUCAUGGACGGCUUCGCGGCCGCCGGCUUCACGGCGCUCGGCAUCGACUACUUCCGCGGCGACCCCAUCUCCAAGUACCGUGCGGGCCACGACGCCCCGGCGCCGCCCGACUUUGACCAGAAAGCGUGGCGCAACAAGCACUUUGCCUUUGCGACGGCGCACGUCCCCGUGUGGGUCGAGGCGGCCAAGGCCCGGUUCGGCAGCGCGCCGGACACGCGGUAUGCGUGCACGGGGUACUGUUUUGGGGCGCCGUUUGUGCUGGAUCUGCUGGCCACGGACGGCGUGUCGGCCGGCGCCGUGGCGCAUCCCUCGCAGCUCAAGGAGGAGCAUUUCCGGAGCGCCAAGCAGCCGCUGUUUCUGUCGUGUGCCGAGCACGACCAGGCCUUCCAUACCGAGCCGCGGCGCAAGGCCCUCGACAUCCUGAUGGAGCAGAAGACGCCGUUCCACGAGCAGCUGUUUUACAACGUCAAGCACGGCUUUGCCUCCCGGGGCGAUCUGAGCGACCCCUACGAGCGCUGGGUCAAGGAGCAGAGCCUGCAGGGCAUCAUCCACUGGUUCGAUUUUUGGCUGAUUCGAAACCACGCAAAGUGA